AAAUCCAUCACUAGGUCAAGGAAAUCCUCCUCUAAUAUCUAUGUCCUUCCCUGGGAAUAAUUCACAGAACUGCACAUGGGACUGGCUGGUUGAGAAAUUGAUCAAUAAGGGAUUUAUGUAUGAAAUGUUGAUUAUAUUUAGCUUUUCAUGGUGGAUCCGCUUAUGUAGUAAGGAAACGUCGCUGAUGUAAACGACUGAAAUCACUAUUAGAAGCAGCAGAUUACAUUCUCAAGGUAGAGACAAACUUCACCAUGAAGGUAGGAGUGAUUGAGACCCAUCACUCCCAUACAAUUGUUCCCAGCGUGGUAGUGCAAGACACCAGUGAGGACCCUGGACCAAUGGACAAAGGGGAAAACAGGAAAUAUUAUCUACCCGGUGCACUUGCACGCUACAAUAUUAACAACAAUAGUAAUAAAGAUGGAGAGAAGAAAAAGAAAAAAGAAAAGAAGAGCAAGUCAGAAAAAAAAAAGGAUGGAGAAACACAAAAGAACAAGGAAAAAAAGGAGAAAAACAAAAAUAAAGAUAAUUCCAAGAAGAAAGAAAACAAAGAAGAUAAAGAAAAUAAAGAAGAGAAGAAGAAAGAUAUUUUCGUUAUUGAUCCAGCAGGAAAUAUGUAUUACAACUGGUUGUUUUGCAUCACAAUGCCUGUCAUGUACAACUGGACCAUGAUUAUUGCUAGAGCCUGUUUUGAGGAGCUCCAACAUGACUACUUAGGGGUAUGGUUUAUUAUUGAUUAUGUUUCUGAUGCCAUCUACAUUGCUGACAUGUUUGUGAGGACAAGAACAGGUUACCUGGAGCAAGGUCUUCUAGUGAAAGAAGAAAAAAAGCUUCGAGAUAAAUAUAAGUCAUCUUUUCAAUUCAAAUUAGAUUUUCUGUCAAUCAUACCAACUGAUCUCUUAUACUUUGAGUUAGGACUGAAUUACCCAGAAUUAAGAUUAAACAGACUGCUCAGAGUAGCUCGGAUGUUUGAAUUCUUCCAGAGAACAGAAACAAGGACAAACUACCCAAAUAUCUUCAGGAUCUCUAAUCUUGUCAUGUACAUUGUGAUUAUUAUUCACUGGAACGCCUGUGUGUACUACUCGAUCUCAAAAGCCAUUGGAUUCGGGGCUGAUACAUGGGUCUACCCUAGCAUCUCUGAUCCUGAAUUUGCCCGUCUGAUUAGAAAGUAUGUCUACAGUCUCUACUGGUCAACAUUGACUCUGACUACUAUCGGUGAAACACCCCCUCCUGUAAGAGAUUCUGAGUAUUUCUUCGUGGUCAUUGACUUCUUGGUUGGAGUAUUGAUUUUCGCUACCAUUGUUGGUAAUGUGGGCUCUAUGAUCUCCAACAUGAAUGCUGCCAGGGCAGAGUUUCAAGCAAGGAUUGAUGCUAUCAAGCAGUAUAUGCACUUUCGGAAUGUGAGUAAAGACAUGGAAAAAAGAGUUAUAAAGUGGUUUGACUACUUGUGGACAAACAAAAAGGCUGUGGAUGAAAGGGAAGUCUUGAAGUACCUGCCAGAUAAACUACGAGCAGAGAUUGCAAUCAAUGUUCACCUGGAAACACUAAAAAAAGUGCGUAUUUUUGCAGACUGUGAAGCUGGUCUGUUGGUUGAACUGGUUUUGAAACUCCAGCCGCAAGUAUACAGUCCCGGAGAUUAUAUUUGCAGAAAAGGAGAUAUUGGACGAGAGAUGUACAUUAUCAAAGAAGGCAAGCUGGCAGUAGUUGCUGAUGAUGGAAUUACCCAAUUUGUGGUCCUAAGUGAUGGCAGCUAUUUUGGAGAAAUCAGCAUUCUUAAUAUCAAAGGUAGCAAAGCUGGCAAUCGAAGAACAGCCAAUAUUAAAAGUAUUGGAUACUCUGACUUGUUUUGUCUGUCUAAAGAUGAUCUCAUGGAGGCUUUAACAGAGUAUCCAGAUGCAAAGGCUAUGCUGGAAGAAAAAGGCAAGCAAAUCCUAAUGAAAGAUGGGUUGCUGGACCUUGAAGUUGCAAAUUUAGGAAGUGAUCCUAAAGAUCUGGAGGAAAAGGUCAGCUACAUGGAAGGAGCGAUGGACAGAUUACAAACAAAGUUUGCCAGGUUAUUGGCUGAGUAUGAAGCUGCACAACAGAAACUGAAAAAAAGACUUACACAAAUCGAGAAAAUAUUGAAGCCGGUUAUAGAGCAAGAAUUCGCAGAAUUAGAAGCAGCAGAUCCAUCCACAGAUAAACCUGUGGAGUAAAACACUGGAGGUUGCCAAUAAGACUUAGGGUCAAAUCCUGCAUGGGGCUGAAUACAUUAAUUUCUAAUCUUUGUAGGAUCUGACUAUUAAAUAUGAAAAAUUAUUUUUGAGGCAAUGUGACUAAUUUCCCACAGACAGCACAUAUUUGGCAGGUUUGGGGAAGAAAAAGAAGCACUGAGAAUGAAGAUGGGAGAUAACACCUUGCUCUCGUACAAAUGUGGUAUUAUCUGCUAAUGCGUUAUGUACUCUUUAUGUAACACUGCUCUACAGCAAAUGCAUUCAGUCAUAUACUGGCAAAUAUUGAAAGUCUUGCUGACUAUUUUAAAAUCAUUUCUUCAUGUCUACUUAUGGAAAGAAGGAAAGGUUUGGUAACGUAUUAUUUGAAAUCAAUAUAGGCAUGAAUGAUGAUAUUAAAUUUGUGUAGAAACAAACACAUUUUAAUAUCUAUUGAUUAACAUAAGAUUAAUUAAGUAGGCGAUAUUGUAUAAAUAAUUAGGUAUAUCUACAAUGCAGAUGUGAGUAUUGAAGGCUGUAAGAUUUGGAAAAUCACUUCAUUGGGUCCACCUUGGCUGAUUUCUUGAAAUGUAAGUGGGCAGUUUUAAAUGAUUCUUUUUGGAGGAUCUUACAUGCAAAGGCUGGAAUAGAGAGGGGAGAAAAUACAACUUUUUGAAAGCACUGGUAUGAAAAAUAUGGAUGGCUCAAAAUCUAGCUGUUUCCAAAUAAUAACAUAUACAUAACACCAAAUGCUGUUCUGCUCCAUGUAAUCAUAUGGCUGCUCAACAUGUACUAUCAAGUUUUUAAGAUCUGUGCUUAAAAAUUUUAAAGUCCCUAAUGUAACAGUUGUGGAUGCUGGCAGAGUGCAAGGGGCAGACAUGACAGAGGCCAAAGUUUCCCUACAGCAUCUUCUGUUGCUGCUGUUGGGGAAAGAAUACAAUGACUAAAUAGGUUAAUUUUUUCAUUGAUGAGGUAUUUCUUUCUUCUAUUCAUAACUAUCAAGAUAGUAACAUCUAGUGUUUCAUAUGUCAGAUACAUUUUCAACUGCUUUAAGAAGCAUUAUCUUCUUGGAUUUUUUCCCUUAUUUAUGUCUUUUUCCAUUGGCAGAAAUUGAUUUUAUUAGUUGUGGUCUCAGCUGGGUAUUUUCAGCUGAUUAUUUUCAGUACACUUUGAUCAUAGCCACUUUAAUGUUGGAAAAGUUUGGUGACAGGGAGUGAAGAAAAGGAUUGCAAGGACAGAAUGGAUAAUUCUGGAUUUAGGGCAACUGGACUGCCAAAAAUACAUGUGUGAAUAUUACAACCACUCGAUAAUACCUCUAUACUUUAAUUCUUCUCCUUAAUAAGAUGGAGAUAUUAUAAAUUGGAUCGCUUGUAAAGUACAUUCUUUCCCGUUUUUUGUUUGUUUGUUUUUUUUUUUUUUUUUUUUUUUUAGACUGCUAGAAAAUCUAUGACUCCUGAUUUCACUGCAAAGAUUAAAUGUCAUGGAGUAAUUAAUGUAUAGGAUAUAUAUGGAACAACAAGGAUAAAUGUAAAUAUGAAAUGGCUGUUCAUUCACUGUUAAUCCUGCGCUUUGAAUGACAAAUGGCAUAAUGUGCUAGUGAGGGGAAAGAGUAUGUCAUCAUUUCAUUAAAGACUCUAUAUGUGCACACAAGAAUAAGUGUUAUUCUGGCAUUUAACUAUGUUGUGAAUGUUGGACUUUGCAAUCAGCAUUCUUUCUAUUCAGGUCUUGAAUAUAAUUUGCAAUCUGUAUGGCAGCAGCAUACUAUAGGGCUGCAUCAUAUUUUACUAGGCACUUAGGAAUCACCUUUCUCCUUUGUUGAAGGGUUUAAGACUUUGUAUUAGAGAAAUGUGUGAUAGUGUAAUAAGCUUUAAUUAAUAAAGGCAGAGAUCUACUGUUCACAUUUUUUUCUUUUAUUGAUCCUUCAGUCUAUGACACAAGUUGUAAUCACUAGCUGCCUCCUUCUUGAGAAUAAAAAUUCUUUGGUUUAAAACACUUCAAAAUAAACCAGAACUGACCUACAGUAGUUUACUUACUAUUUUCAGACUCUUUGUGAUUGGAAAUCUUGUAUAUUUAACUUUUAUAAGCAUGUAUUUUCUGAAAAAAACCACCAAAUUGUGCAAGACAAAAGUGUUAUAAGGAAAUGUCAAUAAAAUUAUAACUAUUUCAA